AUGAGCUUACUUGCGGCUGCCACUGAAAGAAGAAAGGUAAAACCAUUGUACUUUCUAUACCUUGGCAUCUGUCUUGGGCUCCACCUGCAGAGUUCACAAGCUGACAGCUUUUGGAUUGCCAAUAUUAACAUAUCAUUUCAAGUGGGGAAUCAGACUGUAUGGGAGAUUGCAGAAAACGGAGUGUUCGCCAAAGCUUCGCCCUUGAAGAAAGUGUCCGGCAUUGUGAUAGCUGCAGAAGAGCCCCAUCAAAAUGCCUGUAGUUCUGUAACAAAUUUUAAGUCGGGAAAUGCAGGGUGUUGGAUAGCCCUCAUCAUAAGAGGGCAGUGUUCAUUUACAAAAAAAAUAAGUGUGGCUGCAGAAAAGGGAGCCGUUGGUGUGAUCAUCUAUAAUUAUCUUGGUACAGGUAACAAUGUGUUUCCCAUGCUUAACUUUGGGAAGGAAGGCCCUGUGUCUGUUAUGAUUGGCAAUCUGAAAGGAACGGACCUUCUGCAUCUAAUUCAGAAUGGCAUCCAAGUGAUGGCAACCAUUGAUGUUGGAAAGCACUGUAACCCAUGGUUAACCCGUUAUAUGGGCACCAUUUUUAUUCUUUCCUCUGUAGCUGUGGCCUACUGCACCUUUUAUUGUGCUGGAAAGCUACGAAGAACAAGGAAUUUGAUACAGAGAUGCCAGCAGGAGCUUGAUAUUACUAAAGCCAUCAAUCGCCUUGAGGUUCGUACAUUAAAAGAGGAUGACAAAGAAGUUGGAUCCAAUGGAGACAACUGUGCGGUGUGUUUAGAAAUGUACAAGCCUAAAGAUGUAGCCCGUAUUUUACGUUGUGGGCAUCUUUUCCACAAAAUAUGUGUUGAUCCCUGGCUUUUAAAGCACCAAACAUGUCCUGUGUGUAAGUGGAACAUGCUUGGAAAUGUGGAAAGGAUUACAGCUACAGCAGAACCAUUUGGUAUUCAGCUAUCGAAUGAAGCAUCUUCCGCUAUCAAUUCUCCUAAUGAAGCCAUCUGUCCAGAAGCACCUGCAGGAAUUCAUAAAGGCUCAAAAGCUCAAUCUGGGGACAAAUGAUUAUUUCGAUCUUGAUCACCUUGUUAAAGAUUGAGCUUAUGGU